AUGGAAAACUCAAAUUUAAAAAAACUUCAAGUGUCAGACGAAGAACUUGAAAGCCUUCGGGAAGCUUUUGUUCUGUACGACACAGAUAAAAACGGUGCCAUCAAUAUCCAGGAGUUUGCGAGUAUCGUUAAAAGCUUAGACAUAGUAACUGACGAUAAAAAUAUUCAAGAGCUUGUCAAGGAAGUCGACAGCAACAAUGAUGAGCACAUUGAUUUUGACGAAUUCGUGGUUGCAAUGACUAAUCUUCUUGGGACCACGGCUGAACCCGACACCAAAUUGAGAAAGUGGAGAACAUACCCUAGCGAAAAUAAGGGUACCGCCACAAACAAGGACAAGAAGUCAAAAGAAAAACACUAUACUCGUAAAAUGAGCACCCAUGAAACAGACGAAUUGCGAUUAUGCUUUGAAAAAUUUGACAAGAAUGGCGAUGGUCAAAUUUCAUUAGAAGAAUUGAAGGAAGUUAUGAAGGGCUUGGGUGAAAAAUUAACUGAAGGUGAACUUAAAGACAUGAUGAGUGAUGCGGAUACAAAUAGAGAUGGCCACAUUGAUUUUCAAGAAUUUAAGGCCUUGAUGCCAAACUUCAAUUCUGAUAAAUAG